AUGUUUACAACGAAAUUGUCUUCAGUUGCACGAGAUUUGAAAAGGCGACAUUCUUGGAGUAGCGAGAUUGAUUAUCAAUUAGAGGAAACGGAAGCUGUGACUGUUUCAGGGGAAGAUCCUGCUGUCCUAGCUCCAUCAGUUAAUGAUAGAAUCUCCUACAAGGAGCAUGGCUGUUCGGUGCAGACGGUGGACCUGGUGGCGGACUGCCCGUUGCAGGUCGUGACGGGUGACUCGAGAUCGCCAUCACUCUCGAGAGCCCCGACGUCCGUCGCGUCGUCGACGAGCAUGGGGCAACGCUCGAGCACCUUGUUACGUCCCAGAAUCUCGUUAACUUGGGUUUUGCGCGGCCAACAACAAUCUAACUUGGGUCCUGGACCCAACAGCUAUUCGACCAUUAACGGCAGUGGAGGUACAAACAAUGAUCGAGACGCUUUUUCGCGAGGCAGCAAGAGAUCUUCGAGAAGAAGCGUUAAAAGUAUUAAGGACAAAGACGCUGCUAGCAAGGAAAAUAUCGAAAACAAAGAGAGCAUCGAAAAGCGCGAGAAGAUUUUGCACAGGCUUCAAAAGAUCGAAAGAAUCGAAAAGGUAAAUAUUUGUUUUAAGACUGUUGAUAAAGAAAUGAUCGGUGAAAAACAGUUGGAUAAUCCUCUGGAGAGGCACUUUGACAAAGAAUUUAUUGGUCUUAAAAAUACGAAAGAAAAGGAGAAAGUAAAGAGAGCGGUAUCCGAGCCUUCCCUAGUAUCUCGUGAAUCAACAUCGACACCCAAUGGACGAGAGAAGCACCGACAUCGGCGGACCAAACGUUCGCACAAACCUAGACUACCCAACAGAUUCGGCUACGAGAUCGCCGAUCUUGACGCGUUUCUAACGAAGGCAUCUAUAGAAAGACCAGCAAAUAUACCAGUUGUCCUGUCUUUCCCAUCGGUAUUAUAUCAGACUCAAGGCGGUAUACAGGACGAAAUGGCUCUUCCUCUUGGUACAGUUGUGAAUGCCGUCUUCAAAAAUCAAACUUGGCUAUACGUGCAAACGCCUCACGGGCAGGAGGGUUACGUCGGCUACGCUGCCUGUUUACCCUUAGGAAUCUUGCCGCAACCUACACGAGGACCAUGCUGGGAAGAUUCCACUGAUGUUUUUCCUCGACCAUUAGGAAACAUGACGGACAUGGAGAAACUGCGUGAUACUAGAUCUGAGUGCGGGGCAAGUCGUGGACGCAGCGGUAGAAUGAGGCGAGGACCAAGAGACGCAGUGUCGGCAUGCGGUGAACGUAGUGUCGAUCGAUUGUAUCUGAGGGCAGCAGCAAACGCACGCACAAAAGGCUCGCGGUACACACUCCUGGUGAUUAGGAAUGAUUACGAGGCGCAUGCCGCAAACGCGUUGACAGUCUCGAAAGGCGAUGUGGUCGCUUUGUUGAGCGAUCAUACGAACGACUGGUUCUGGGUACGUUCCAGAGAUGGCAAAGAGGGAUUUAUCCCUGCAGUCAUCGCCGGUCAUGGUUUUCUCUGAUC